GGACGUAGGUGGCUAUAAUUUGCACAUUUUGGAAUCGGUUCUAAAUGGCUGACGUAAUUGGAUUGUGUGGUGUGUUGACGUCUAGCAGAAUGCCCUGCAUUGCAAAAUAAACUGUUAAUAACUUAAUUGAAGUUCAAGAGAAAAGAGUGUGGGUCUACAUUCUGUCCACCAAGUCAUGCAAGCUGCGGCUGCACGAUAGCGUCACAUUCUUAACAUUAACCUCAGACGUGUUUCAUUGGCCAGAAGACAAUGCUCUGGAGGGGAGGGGCUUGGAUCCGGACUGCCUAGUAAUAUGUCAUUCAUAAAAUGACAGAACGCUAGAGAAGAGCACCACUGUUUUCAAGGGGAAACUUGCCAAUAGUGGAACAAUGCACUCAGUAAGAAAUUUCUUCUGUGGUCAGUGGAGUUCCUCUGUAAGACUUGAUGAUAAAACAGUCAUAAUAACAGGAGCGAAUACGGGCAUAGGCAAAGAGACUGCUAGGGAUCUUGCAAAAAGAGGGGCUCGAGUCAUCAUGGCCUGUCGAGACUUGGAAAAGGCAGAGGAAGCCAGAAAAGAACUAAUGGAGGAUUCUGGAAACCAAAACAUUGUGAUCAAUAAACUUGAUUUAUCAGAUACCAAAUCAAUAAGGGCAUUUGCAGAACUCAUUAACAAAGAAAAGAAAGUCAACAUUCUAAUCAAUAAUGCUGGCAUCAUGAUGUGUCCAUUCUCAAAAACCGCUGAUGGCUUUGAGAUGCAAUUUGGUGUCAACCAUUUAGGACAUUUUCUUCUCACCUACCUACUACUGGACAUCCUAAAGAAAUCCGCCCCUGCUAGGAUCAUCAACGUGGCUUCUGUUGCCCAUACAUGGGGCAGCAUUUGUUUGGAUGACAUAAACAGCGAGAAAAGCUACUCUCCCCGGAGGGCUUACGGUCAGAGCAAACUAGCGAACAUCCUCUGCACACAUUCGUUGGCCAAAAGACUGCAGGGCACAGGUGUGACUGUGUACUCCCUCCAUCCUGGCGUGGUGCAGUCAGAGUUGUUUAGGAAUCUCAGCAAGCCUGUGCAGAUAGCAGUCAAGGUCUUCCGCCCCUUCACCAAGACCACCGUGCAGGGGGCCCAGACCACCAUCUACUGUGCUGUGGAGUCAGAGCUGGACAAGGAAAGCGGAGGAUAUUAUAGUGACUGUGCCACAGCGAGGUGUUCGAGAGAAGCUUCAGAUGAUGAAAUGGCUCAGAAACUCUGGGAACUCAGCUGUCAGAUGCUUGGCAUCACAUGGGAUUGAAAUGCAUAUAGAAAACAUCUCCCAUCAGUCGUAGUUAUGAGAAGAGUGGAAUGAAACUUUUGUACUAAUGUCAUAGACUAGAUAAUGUAAACUGUAGGAUUCAUACAAGCACAAUGUUUUAUAUUGUAUAUUACAUACUUUUAUAAUGCCCCCACCCCCAAUGGCUGAAUUUGCGUAUGCUGUAAUCAUUUCAAUAGAAAUAUUGAAAUGUGAUGAAUUAAAAUGUAUUCUGGUCUGGCAAAACCUUUUCUUGUGCAUUUGCAUUCAGUUUAUUUUGUCCCAAAAGCUGACGUCAUAUCCACCAGGGGUAUCACUAGGGCAAUAUAGCAAAUCUAAGGCAAAGCCCAAAAUGUUUUUUGAUCGGAACUACACAAACUGUAUUCUCUCAUUUACACACCCUUAUUCCACCCCAGACAUGAAAGAAUUAAUUUUUUCGGCAGAACACAAACAAAGGUUUUUAGAAGAAUAUUUCAGCACUGCAGGUCCAUACAAUGCAAGUGAAUUGUGGCUAGA